GAUUAAUUCCCGAACAUUCAAUUCAUGAUCAGGCUAACUCGAUAAUAGUUUUUGAAAAACCCUAGUAUAUAUUUUGUUCUAUAGCUGAUAUGAUUUGAGUCGAUGAAAUAAUUUAAUAAUUAUUUUUCAUAUAUAGCUAAAAUGAAUAGUAAUAUUAGAGCUAUAAGCAGUGCUGGAAACUUUUUUCUAAAGAAAUCUAUAUCAAAAGUACCAAACGUUUUUGUUCGAUUUCAGCAAAAUCUUGAAUCAUCGCACAAAGUGAACAAUCUGGAAAGAAAAUUUUUAGUAUGGACUGGCAAGUAUAAAAAUGUUCAAGAGGUGCCCGCUUUUGUUAGUCAAAGUACCAUGGAAAGAUGCAGAAACCGAAUGAGAAUAAAAAUAGCUAAUUACAUGAUGCUUGCUACAGCAAUUGGGUGUAUUUUAAUGGUUUAUAUGGGAAAAAAAGAUGCCAAGAAAGGAAUUACUUUAAGUCAGCAAAAUAGAGAAUGGCAUGCUCAAAUAAAAGAAGAGGCUGAAAAGUCGGCAUCUAAAUGAUAGAUUUUAUUACAUAUUUUUUGUAUAGAAGUUAACUAGAAUUUUAAAGAAAUAUACUAAUUAUUAUCACUUUGAAUUAUAAACAAAAACUUAUUAUAUGACUUUUUGUUUAUCAAAAAUUGAAAAUUUUUAGGAAAUCUAGAUACAAUUUGCAGUUUAUAAUGGCAAUAAAUUUAAUAAAUAAUGAAUUUUUGUGGUUGUUUAAAGGUUUAUUUUGAUAUAAUAGUGUUUAUGAUUUUAUAACUGUAUUAACUGAUUAUUUAUUUUUAAAUUGAUGAUUGUGCAAUCCAAACUUUUUUUUGGGAAUUAUAUAUUUACAGCAAUGGAACAGGAAAUUUAUUUUGUUAAUUACAUACAUAGAAUACUAAAUAUUUCUUUAAAUGAACUAAUGCCGAAAGAAAUAAAUCACAUAGUAAAUAUGAAAUAUCCAGUCUCAUGUGUUGUAAAAUAUUUUGACUACCUACAUAGUGGUGGAUUCACCAGGGGAGAAAAAUUUUGUUCAAAAAUUAAAAAUUUCGACCAUUUAAAUAUAAAAGGUAAGGAGCCUACACAAUUGAGCUUAUGUCGCAUGGACCGUCCAGUACCGUAAGGAGUAUUAGCGCAUCCUUCCCAUUAAAGACAAAUUUGUACACUUUACAAAAGUAUUAACAAUUAUUUGAAUCUCAAAUCGGUGCUUUAAAGCUUUUGCCUCGAUACCUACAUAACUUAGAUUAAUCGGUCUUAAAUUCUCGCUCUGAACUUAUUUAUAUAAUUAUAACAACUUAUUUCUAGUUUCUCACAUCAUCAACUAAGUGUUUAAGAAGCUUUUACAUUUUCUAAUAAAGAUUUGAUAAGAAUUACUAAAUUUAAUUUCAUUACUUAAACUAGAUUUUGGAUGAGAGCUGAACAGGAUUAUUUAAAGAUAUGUUAGUUCUGUUUUGUGAUAGAUAUGAGUCUGUAUUUGAACUUGUAUUUAACUAUUUCAUUGUUUCAAUUAAAGUUUGUACUCUUCAUGUAAAAGGUAUGUUAGUGAGAUAUUCCAAAAUUUGUAUAUUUGUAUUUCAUUGAUAUUAUUUUUCCCACAGGUUUUCCAAAUGGGUAAAAGAUUCCUCAGAUGGGAAAGAAAGAAAGCUGAUUAUAUUUUCUUCUUACUCUUAUUGAUCAUUUAAUACACUUAUUUUAGUUUAAUCAAUAUAUCAUAACAUGAUUAAUAUACAAAUUAAAUAAUCCACUCGUUUUCCUGGAUAGCUCUAUCUUUCAUAUUUUGUUCAAUUUCUUCCUUCCAGGUCCUUGAGGGUCUUCCUCGUCUUCUAUUCUGCGGUUGAUACAUCAAUGCUUUCCUCGGCCACCCGUUCUGCUCCAUCCUCAUCACAUAUCCGUAUCAUAGCAGUUGCUUAGUCUGUAUUCUCUCUGAGGUUGUGUAUACUGAACCCGUUCUUCGUCGUAUAUCUUCAUUUCGUAUAUGCUCUGUUCUGAAUGUCCU